AUGUCUCCAACUCCGAAACGAGCUGUCCAACACACCCCUCCUUCUUCUAAUACAGAGAAGAGGACAUUACGGAACUUAGCUUGCCGAAGGGCUAACGUGUUAUUUCACUCGCCGCCUACUAUUCAGCGUGUCUCACACCGUGAACAUAACCCCGAAAUCAGUGCUAGUCGGCACAACACGAUAGUGAACGGUUUACAAACCUUAACCAACACGGAACACCCUGGUUUCGACUCAUUGUCAGAAUCAAGAUCUGAACUUUUAAAUAGUUCUUCAUCAGCAACAUUAGUUCCACCUACUGUACAACUACAGACUCCCCUAAGGGGGGACGUUGAACAAACGAGCCCACCUCUGAUCUCUGUAACCACUUCCGGGAGUGAUACCUUAAACCCGGUGGCGCCCAACAACACUAUUGCUCACCCCACCACUAUGGAGAAUACAAAUAAUACUACUGGCUCCCCAGGAACUUCAAGGGGGGGAGGCCAACGUUCAUCGAAUGAUCUUUUGAAUUCUCUUAUUGUCACCGCCCCUCCGGCAUCAGAAUCUUCGGGUAGUUCCUCUAGUGAACAAACCCCUACGCCUGCUUUUCCGUUAGCAAUGCCUUCUAACCUUUCGUUCAAUGACUGGUUGAGCCUGAUCCGCGCUUUCCAAUCACCAGCGCCCCCUUUUCCCGAAUUUAACGGACUAGACCACGAGGACCCGCAAAAGUUCAUUGAAUCUUGCGAACGCUAUUUUCAGGCGGCACGAACAGAAAAUGACCAACGCACACAACUCGUAGGUAAAGGCCUCCGGGGUGAUUCGCAAAAAUGGUGGGCACUUUAUAAAAACCUUUCCUUUACCUGGGAGGGUUUCCAGGAGCAUUUUCUAAAUAAAUAUUCUGGGCCUACUGUUGUUAUGCGACUCCAAGCCUCUUUAUACUCUCAAAGGCAGGGAGACAAAGAACCAGUCGCUGUUUUCCUGCAACAAAAAUAUCUGUUAGCACAACGGCUCAAUACAACUUUCUCUGCAGUCGAACUAACAAAUCUUUUGUUGGAAUCCCUGAAACCGACCCUUCGUCGUCUGGUUCGCCCCACCAAUCCUCGGUCUUUUCCAGAACUUUUGGAAAGUGCAAUUAAGGCCGAGCAAGACGAAGCAGAUUGUGCCCCUCGUAAACCAGCACCAUCUAAAGAAGAACCUCAACGUAAAGCUGGACCUGAGGUACCACAAUCUAAGCCCCAACGUUUACCCGCUUGCCACUACUGUCCCGAAUUUCAUUAUCAUCGAGACUGCCCCGUGUAUCAAGCACAAAGAAAACAAAAUCUUCCGGAAAACUGGAGAGCUCCGGCGGCCGCGAGUCCCUCAGCGCCCGAUCUACCACGAACUCGGGUACAAAUUGGUAGACGAGAAAUUGUGGCGGAAAUAGAUUCCUGUGCCUCUCACAACUUCGUGAGGUUAGCCAUCCUUACCGCUCACGAACGUUCCCUCCUCAAACCUGGCCCAACACAGGCUAAGUUAGCCGCAAAUGGCGCCACUGUAAACUUACAUGGAUCUAUAAACCUUUCCCCUCAAAUCGGGGAUCAAUGUUAUCCAGGAACCUUUUUAGCUUGUAGUGAUUUGCGCGCUGACCUCGUGCUAGGUAGAGCUUGGCUUAAAGAUCACGAUGUCCAUCACGAGCAUAGGGCUGAUUGUCUCUAUUUAGGGAAAGAAAAUCGAAGGCAAAUCUAUCUGACACCUCUGCCAGUAUCAUUAUCCGGACCUUCAGAACCCUUACCUUUCGAUUUGUCCUCCAUUCCUGAUGAAUAUAAAGAACGUUUUCAACAGAUACUUAAGUUGUACGAAGCAAUUUUCUAUAAAGGGGGACCCCUUCGCCAAACUCUGGCAGCAUCGCACGAAAUUAGGAUAGCCAAUCCUCGACCUUUCCGAGCAGCACCCAGGCGUUAUUCAGAACCAAAGAAGAAAUUCAUUGACUCCGAAACCCGGGAAAUGCUCGCUCAAAACGUUAUAGAACCGGUUACUACAGACUAUAGUGCAGCUAUAGUAGUAGUACCCAAACCUGGAGGGGGAUACCGUCUUUGUCUUGAUUAUCGCCCAGUAAACGAUCAAACCGAAGACGCACCGCAAAGUUUACCCCGAAUUCAUGAAAUUCUAAAACAUAUAGGAACUUCAAAAAUAUUCUCCACUUUAGAUUUUAAAAGUGGCUACUGGCAAAUUCCCAUGGCCCCUGAAUCCAAAAAAUACACUGCCUUCUCAACGCCCGAUGGAGGCCAAUACCAAUUUCGGGUAAUGCCGUUUGGGCUCAAGAACGCACCCGGCACCUUCCAAAAUUUAAUGCGCAAGGUCCUAGCUUCAUUUUGGGGUGAGUUCUGUAUCGCUUACCUUGACGAUAUUAUCAUAUUCUCAGAUACUUGGAAGAAUCAUCUGAGACAUGUAGCUCUAGUCCUUGAGAGAAUCCUCACUUUUGGGCUUACAUGCACCCCCGCCAAAUGUCGUUUCGGACAGGGAAGCUUACCGUAUUUAGGACACGUAGUCACGGCCGAUGGUAAUACAGCACAAACACGUCACAUCGAUGCCAUACAAAAUGCUACCCCUCCAACAAACCGAAAGAAACUAGCAUCAUUUCUAGGAACCUGUAAUUGGUUAAUGGAAUAUGUCCCACGUUAUGCAGAUUUAACUGCGCCCCUCACUAACCUACUGUCACCAAAACGUGUUUAUAAAUGGACACAAGAACAUCAGACUGCGUUUGAAGCCGUCAAAAUGGCGUUCAAGCAACCUCAAGUACUGAGUCGACCGGACCCAAACCUUGUGUUUAUUUUGCAAGUAGAAAACAGUAAUAUUGGAAUGGGAGCUGUCCUUUUCCAAGAAACCCUAGCAGGAGAGCGAAGAAUAAUUUCAUAUUCAAGCGCUAAAUUUAGUCCUACAGAGACUCGCUACCCUGUUGAUGAGCAAAGUUGUUUAACAAUUGUUUGGGCUUUUAAAAAAUAUCGACCAUAUCUUGAAGAUCGUCCUUUCAUUCUACGGACAGAUAAAAAAGCACUUACUUGGUUAAACCAAUCAAAAACUUCUAGACCAAAGUUAACUCGUUGGCACAUUCUUCUCGGGGAAUUCAAUUAUUCACUCGAACAUACUCCAAAGAAAAAUAGCGAGUUACCAAAUGCCCUCUCUACCGAUCCUGACCCUCUUGGAGACGUGCCAGGAGACGCUGAUCUGGAUAGAAUGCUAUACCCACAGAAAAAUGCUUUAGAGGUACCCACAAUCAAUGCCAUCUACGCACCUACGCUACAGGAGGAGAUUGCUGACUCUCAACAAGCAGAUCCACUUAUCAGUCGACAAAUGGGUGAGUGGCUAACAAUCCAACAAAAUGGACCAAUUAACGAUCGAGAACGAGCUUUUUACGAGGGAAACCGACUAGAUGGAAGUGGUUUUUGGAAACGUUGCCCCAGCAAUGGGCACUGGCAAUUACGGGUUCCAGUCGCCCUAAAACAGCGAGUAGUAUGGGAAUAUCACGACGUUCCUCUAGCCGGACACCCUGGAGUAGAAGAGACUACCCGCAGCAUAAAGGAAUACUUUUUCUGGCCUAACAUGAGCAGGGAAAUACGGCGCUAUAUCUCAAAAUGCCACCUCUGUCUUUGCUCGAAGCCCAUACACCACCGUGUAGUCGCAGGUCAAAAGCCAAGAAAACCCCAUUCUGCAUGGGAAACUGUUGCCCUAGACCUUAUGGGACCUUAUCCUCUAACUACCCGAGGAAACCGAUUCAUCCUCGUAGUAACGGAUUUGUUUACCCGUUGGGUGGAGGCAUUCCCUAUACGUAAUUCAAACGCUUCCACCAUUAUUAAAAUUCUUGAAGACGAGGUCUUUUCUAGAUUCGGAUACCCGCAUCGGAUACUAAGUGAUAAUGGUCCACAAUUCCGUAGUAACCUCUGGGCCGAAGCUGGAAAAAAUUGGACUUGUACACUAUGGACAACCCCUGAGUAUCACCCGCAAGCUAAUCCAACUGAACGUCGAAAUCAAGAGGUCAAGAAGGGUUUACGACUCCGUCUGCACGACGGAAAUCAACGAGUUUGGGACCAACAACUCCCCAAACUACUUUUUGGACUACGUCGACGCAGAAACGCCGCUACUGGAGUUACACCUGCACAUUUAGUUUUUGGACGAGAAAUCAGACGACCAGGAGAAUGGCAGUUACAGUAUGGUUCUGCACCAGAACAACAAACACCAGUACAACAACGAGAAGCAGCCGCAUAUAAACAUCAAACACAGUAUCAAAAGAGAUACGCUGGCGUUAACACCGAACCACCGUUCAAAGUAGGAGACCUAGUGUACGCUAAAAAUACUCGCCUUUCCAACGCAGCGGAACGUUAUAACGCCAGAUUAGCCCCAACUCGAACUGGACCUUACCCAGUCCAGGAAAUCGUGUCACCAGGCGUCCUCUGGAUUCAGAAGGAGGACGGACCUCAUAAAGUCUACUCUUCCGAGUUAAUACUAGCUCCAAGUCCACACCAACAAACUAUAUUUUCCGCUCCAACCAAAGAAAAGUCCGAUGGAAGGUCGACAGAUCCUAAAGGAAUGGCAAAUAAUCCGGACGGAUUACUAGUUGAUGAGGCUGAACAAGCCCAAGCCACAACCCUUUUAGACCAUUCGAUAGCCGCGAAUCCUAGCUCCACGGUCUGCGACUGCGAGUCGUCACCCUCACUCCAGUCUCGACAUAGACCUACCUCUACGUCGACCGACGUAAGGUUAAGCAACAACGAGAUAGGAAACAACCGCUGCAGCCCCUCCGAUGAGGCGGCAAACACCGACAACAAUUCCUUGGAUAAGGAAAAUAUUUCGUCGCCUGCAACUGAACAAGUUCAGGUAACUGUCACACAACCAAACAUCGGCCAAUCAGCAAACUCCAAAGAUCUACAUGAUAACGUCAGCGGACGCUAUCCUCAUCGCCAGCGAAACACGGUCACCUACCGAGAUGCACGACCGUACACGAAACGCCGGUAA